CUGAAAUCCGUGACUUCAUCUCGCAGCGACUUGACUCGAUACCUGUGUCCUCCAUGGUCUGUUUCUAAGGUUGAAAUUUAGACUUCGAUAUUCUGCUUGGUUUAAGUAUGUCUGGAUACACUCCGGACGAAAAGCUCCGUGUGGAGCAGUUGACGAAGCUGAGAAGGCAAUGGCUGAAGGAUCAGGAGCUCAGUCCCCGGGAGCCGUUGGUCCAACCCAAACCCCUCGGACCUGUGGCAAAAUUCUGGGCAGGCUUUUUGGAGCCGAAAAGCUUAUGGAGGCUUUACACUUAUAAAGUGUACAAUGCUGGAGUGUUCACUGUGACACGGCUGUUGAUUCCAUUCUGGAUUGUGCACUAUUGUGUGAAGUACCACAUUGCAGAAAGACCCUAUGGUAUUGUAGAGUUGAAACCCAGGCUGUUUCCUGGAGACACAGUUCUGGAAACUGGAGAGGUGAUCCCUCCUCUGCCCGAGGAAGAGCACCAUGGGCAUCAUUGAAGACAUGGAUGAAAGCAGUCUAAAGCAUGCUUAUGUGUCUGUCUGUUGUAAAAAAAAUCAUUUAUUUAUCAUUAAAAAAUGUCUUUACAUUAACUGUUGUCAAUGAAUUUCAGCCGUCCAUUGGAUAUGUCUUUGUUGCUAUUACAAAACUCAACCCGUAUACCCAGAAUCAU